AUUACGCAAACACAGGAAUACAGGAAGACCGUGAUUUUUGACGUUCAGAAAUGUCCUGAAAUACUUUACCUGACUAUCGACGCGAAGUGAAACUUCAGCUUCAUAGUACUUGUCCUGGAGCAGGAUUGGAGAGAAGUUUCUCUACAGCUUUAUCGUUUUUUUUUACUUUAAAACUUCUGCCACACGCAUUAAGUUUAAGUUCAAUCCCCAAACCAGGUGAGACGAGACGACAGAAUUCAGCUCUUGUUCCAGGUGUGUUGUCACUGCCCUGCCUGCCGAUAUGCCACUGGCCCAGUUUGCAGACCUCUUCCAGAAGUUACCUGUCAGCCACGAUGCAGAGGUCAGUGAUGAUGGCAUGGGGGAAGACGACCCUGUUGAGGAGUCGUCAGUAGAGAUUCCUAUUCACCACGUGGUGCGGAGCGGCUGUGAGAAGGCCGACAGAUCCCACUUCACACUCCUCAAAGUACUCGGACAGGGCUCCUUUGGAAAGGUCUUCCUCGUCCAGAAGAAGCGUGGUGAGGACGCAGGAGAACUCUACGCCAUGAAGGUGCUGAAGAAGGCCACGCUGAAAGUGAGGGAUCGUGUGCGUACUAAGAUGGAGAGAGACAUACUGGUGGAAGUCAGACACCCCUUCAUAGUCAAGCUACACUACGCGUUCCAGACUGAAGGAAAGCUUUAUCUGAUUCUGGAUUUCUUACGAGGUGGCGACCUGUUCACUAGGCUCUCGAAAGAGGUGAUGUUCACGGAGGAGGAUGUGAAGUUCUAUUUGGCGGAGUUGGCCCUCGCUCUCAGCCACCUACACACACUGGGCAUCAUAUACAGAGACCUGAAGCCAGAGAAUAUCCUCUUGGAUGAAGAAGGUCACAUCAGACUAACAGAUUUCGGCCUCAGUAAGGAGGGUGUGUGUGAGCGGGGUUCCAAGGCGUUCUCCUUCUGUGGGACGGUGGAGUACAUGGCACCUGAAGUGGUCAGCAGACGAGGACACACCCACACUGCUGAUUGGUGGAGCUACGGCGUUCUAAUGUUUGAGAUGCUGACGGGAUCGCUGCCGUUUCAGGGAAAAGACCGGAAAGACACCAUGACCAUGAUCCUCAAGGCUAAGUUGGGGAUGCCGCAGAUCCUGAGUCCUGAAGCCCAGUCGUUACUACGGAACCUCUUCAAGCGGAACCCUGGCAGUCGCUUAGGCGCUGGGCCAGACGGUGUUGAGGGAAUUAAGAGACACUCCUUCUUCGCAACCAUCGACUGGAACAAGUUGUUUCGUCGUGAGGUGCCGCCCCCCUUUAAACCGGCUGCAGGGAGGAGAGACGACACAUUCUACUUUGACAAGCAGUUCACCGCACGCACACCACGAGAUUCCCCAGGUGUGCCCCCCAGUGCGAGUGCUCAUCAGCUGUUUAGAGGGUUCAGCUUCACGGCCCCCACUGAGGAGGAGGAGGACACACUCCUACACACACACACUCAGGAGGACUCCCCUGCAGGUGUGUGUGUCUUCGGUGAUGUGUACGAGCUGGGGGAGGAUGUGGGCGUCGGCUCCUACUCCGUCUGUAAACGCUGCGUACACAAGAACACUAAAGCAGAGUACGCAGUCAAGGUCAUUGAUAAGUCCAAAAGGGAUCCAGCUGAGGAGGUGGAGAUUCUUCUGCGCUACGGACAACACCCCAACAUCAUCACCCUGAAAGACGUGUAUGAGGAUGGUGAGAGUGUGUACCUGGUGACGGAGCUGAUGAGGGGGGGGGAGCUGCUCGAUAAGAUUCUACGCCAGAAGUUCUUCUGCGAACGCGAAGCCAGCGCUGUACUACACACUAUAGCCAAGACUGUGGAAUACCUACACACACAGGGGGUGGUCCAUAGGGACUUGAAGCCGUCUAAUCUCCUCUAUGUGGACUCGUCCGGUGACCCCGCCUCCAUCCGGCUCUGUGACUUCGGAUUCGCUAAGCAGCUUCGUCAUGACAACGGGCUGCUAAUGACGCCAUGCUACACCGCUAACUUCGUAGCACCUGAGGUCCUCAAGAAGCAGGGUUAUGAUGCUGCGUGUGACAUCUGGAGUUUGGGAGUCCUACUCUACACCAUGCUGACAGGCUGUACUCCGUUUGCUAACGGUCCUGAUGACUCUGCGGACGCCAUCUUGUCUCGUAUCGGAUCCGGAAGGUUCUCCCUGACCGGCGGAUACUGGACCUCAGUGUCAGAACAGGCCAAGGAUCUGGUGUCCAGGAUGUUGCAUGUGGAUCCUCAUCAGCGUCUAACAGCAUCGCAGGUCCUGCGUCAUCCCUGGAUCACCCACAAGGAGGCGCUACCACAAUACGAAAUACCACUGCAGAGACACGACGCACCACACCUGGUCAAGGGUGCGAUGGCUGCUACCUACUCUGCGUUGAGUCAUCGUGUGCGUCCCUCUCUGGAUCCUGUAGGCCGCUCCUCUCUGGCGCAGCGACGCGGCGUCAAGAAGCUGCCCUCCACCGCCCUCUAGCGACCUUCACAUGACCUCUAACGACCUUCAGA